CACCAUAUAACUUGCAAGAGGCUUCAAAUGGCCAAUUACAACAUAUUGCUAACAUAUUGCUACCCUCAGACAGCAACAUCACACCAACUAUCACACACACACACAGUUUCAGUUGUGACAAUCACACUAUUAUUAAAUAAUCACAAUCAGGUGAGAUUCUCCUAUCAUUAGUUUCUUCAAAUACUCAAUCAACUUCAUAAGAAACCUCUCCUCUUUUUCUUCUCUCCAAAGAAAACCAUGGCAGACCCUCAAAGCUCCUCUACAACACCACCCCCGCCUCCGCUAAUAAGGUCGAACUCCGAGAUGCUCUACUACGGCCUCGUUGUCGUCGCGACAGCGGUUAUCGUGCUCGUGCUCUACAACAUCGUCAUCGUGAGAUGGUGCGCGGAUCAAAGGCCGCCGCAGAGAAUCAGGCACAGACGGCCGCGCCAGGCUGCGACGUGGAGGAUCACCGACUCUCCCGCGAUCUCGGUCGCUAGCUUCAAGUACGAGGGCGGUGGAAAGGGGCAAGAUGGUGGUGGUGGCGGUGGUGGUGAUUCUGAGUGUGCAGUUUGCCUAUCAGUGUUUGAACAAGGUGAAGAAAUAAAACAGCUGCCUAACUGUAAGCAUUACUUUCAUGCUCCUUGUAUUGAUAUGUGGCUCUACUCCCACAUGGACUGCCCUCUUUGCCGUUCGCCGGUGGAGCCGUUGCCGCUCCACCGCCCGGUAGCCGCGGGGGAGGAGACGGAGCAUUCCCGGGAAGUGUUGCUAGGCCCGGGCUCAUUAGUAUAGAAGCCUUUCUAGUUUUCAGUUGUUAGACAAGGUAAUGUAACAAAGAAAAUAUGUAGCAUUCAAUAUCUGUAAAUUGGCAACAACAAUGAAGAAAAUUAUACAGUAACUAAAUUAUUGCAA